ACUGCACAGUACACAACGGUUCAGAAAGGUGUGGUAUUCCCAAAAACCUCGAAAAUAAAAUGUAAAAUUUGUCAUUUUUAAGCCUAUCAGUCUCUAAGCAUUCAGUGGUAUCAUUAGCAUGGCGAGGCAGUUCGACUUUCAAAAGCUGACCGUGAUUCGAGCACUGCGAACGGUGUCGACGAGUUCGUCGGGCGCAGCGGGGAACUCGGUCAGUGGGCCGGGGAGGCCGGCGGCCGGUGGCGGUGCAGCACCGCCUGGUGAGGCAGCACCGACCGGUCUGCUGAGUAGGCUACGGAGUGACGGAAGAGUGGUGUCUUUGCUGCAGUCUUACGAGGAUGUGGUGGGCAUCGGAGAUGUCAAGCAGGCACAGAGAAGAGUGACACAGAUUGAACAGCAAUUUAUGGAAGUCCGUGAAACAGUCAAGAAUUCCGCCCAAAAGUUACACCAUCAUAAAGCCGAGCUGAGAGCAAUACGCGCCAAGCUGGACCGAACAGCCCGAGAUGACACCAAAUUCUUAGAAUAUGCGACAGAGGAGCACCUGGCCAUCCAGAAGGAGAGAAAGAUGGAGGAGGAACACGACUUGCUGGAGGACACGGAGAGAAACACGUUUGCGAACUUGUCGGCGGCUGUUAGAGAGAGCCACGAGAAGCAGCGAUCACAAGAGGAGAGGACCAAAUAUUGGGGGGUCAUUGGGUCCAUCGUGGGGACGAUCAUCGGCCUGCUGGGGUCCACUGCCAUCAACCAGAAGCGAAUGCGGGAGCUCAGGACCAUGGUCGGGGACCUUCAGAAGGACAUCGGUCAGAAUGGCCAGCUCAGGGACCUCCAGGGUCUCGUGACGGACAUCCGGACCACCAUCGACAGCAGCGGCGCAAAGUCGAGUCCAGAGGAGCUGACAGUUGCUCUGGAAAGACUCUCCAAGCAACAACAAGAGGGGUUGGACUCCCAGGAGAAGAGCUUAACCAGAAUCCUGAAGCACCAGGAAGGGUUGCUUUUGAAGGAGAUCGAAGGGGUGCGAAGGUUUGCAGCCGUCGGGGCCGGAGACAUGACCACGUUAGAAGAGCUGGUGAACAAUGCUGAGCAGAAACUGGAAUGGGAGAUGAAAAUGAGCACACUGUCCACUGUGGUCUUCAUCUAUGGAGCCUUUGCCCUGACAUUGCCUAUACUCUACAGUAUAUUCAAAUGAUCAACUCAGUUUAUACUGGACAAGUUUGACAGUGACUUGUAGGCUAGAGCAAUGCAAAAAUACCAAAUAUUUUGUGCAUCCCAAGAAAUUUGUUUACAGGGAAUGUUCAACAAUGUUGAUUGAUUCUAUAAUUAUCUCUGUGUAAGAUUGACUAACACUCCAUAUUUUUUAAUUCCAUAGUGUUUCCUAUAGAUACAAUGUAAUAUUACAAUAAUGCGAUAUUUCUUUUAACAUAAAGUUGGUUGUGUGGGAGGCAUGGGUCUCUCUACUGCUUGCAUGGCCCCCCCCCCCCCAAUCCCUCGUGCCCCCACCUCUCUUCAAAAUGUUUUAUAAAGAAAGGAGCUUUCGUAAUGUCUAAAACCUGCUGGAAUCCUCUUCAGAAAACGAAGAUCCAAAGUUUACCCUGAUAAUCAGACCAAAUUCAAACCAUUGAUCUGAGUAUGUUUCUAUCAAGCUCAAGUCAAGACAGGUUUUAAAGCUACAGUCCAUCAUUUGCAGCUGUCCAAAAAGUAACCGACAUAAUUAGUGUUGAAAAACAUACU